GCACGAUGGCUUAUGCGUUAAAUAUAUCGGAACGCAUCCGACCGAUCAUUCCAAAAAUCAGCCGGCUCACGCGUAGUACGGUCCAUCAAAUAUGCAAGAUUUUAAUAUGUUUAUUAAAUACCGGAGUAGUUUUUCUAAAUAAGGAUCGGUGCUGUUUUUUCAAAAAAUAAGAAAACAGCAAAUGUAAUGCAGAGUCGAGAAGCUGCUGGUGUCUUCUUCAUGAUACGGACCAAACCAAUUCCGGCCCAACCGACGGACACAAUCCAGUGACCUCGAGCCUUGACAGGAAGACGAGAGAAUUCUCCAGAAGCGUUCUUUCUCCUUCUCCACCGAAUCAUCCCCAGCCCUCUAUAAAUUCUUCCACCUCCCGAUCGACGGAAACCCAAGAAAUUUGAACAAAUCACCGAUCAAAGAGCUCCAGUAAGCAAUCGCUCAUCCUUCCGCUUCCAACGCCAGCCAAAUCGUCGAUUCCUUGCACCAGCAGCUCGAAUCCCCACCGACAAUGUCGCUGAUCCGCCGCAGCAACGUGUUCGACCCCUUCUCCCUCGACUUCUUCGACCCCUUCGACGGCUUCCCCUUCGGCUCCGGCAGCAGCAACAGCGGCGGCAGCCUCGUCCCGCGCACCUCCUCUGACACGGCGGCCUUCGCGGGGGCGCGCAUCGACUGGAAGGAGACGCCCGAGGCGCACGUGUUCAAGGCGGACGUGCCGGGGCUGAAGAAGGAAGAGGUGAAGGUGGAGGUGGAGGACGGCAACAUCCUCCAGAUCAGCGGCGAGAGGAACAAGGAGCAGGAGGAGAAGACGGACACCUGGCACAGGGUGGAGCGCAGCAGCGGCAAGUUCCUGCGCAGGUUCAGGCUCCCGGAGAACGCCAAGGCGGAGCAGGUGAAGGCGUCCAUGGAGAACGGCGUGCUCACCGUCACCGUGCCCAAGGAGGAGGCCAAGAAUCCUGAGGUCAAGGCCAUCCAGAUCUCCGGCUAGGCGUCGGCGUGCUCGCGGCCCGGUCGUGGCGAUGGAAUAAAAUCAGAGUCCGGCUGUCAGUCUAGUGCUCUAGUGUUGUGUGCGAAUGGUCCGAUGUUCAUUAGUCUGUAUUUUGAUUCAGUGUUUUGAAUCUCUCGCGUCUGUAUUUUAGAGUCCAAAGUUUGUUCAUCAGUUUGUAUUCCAUCAGCAACUGAGCAAAUCCAUUACCUUCUCUGCUAA